AUGAGCUUCAAGCCCUUGCCCUGGUCGAAAACUGCGACCCGGGCUCGAAUAGCUCAACGUCCCCUAAGGCUCGAGCUGGGCAGAUAUGACCGGAGUGCUCUCAUUGCCUACAGUGCAGCAUGUAAGAGCCGAGCAUGCUAUGUGACCGUGGCAGGUGCAGCGGAGCCUCCUCCAGAGAACGUCCUGGGACAGCAUCCACCUGCGCCAUUGGGACAACUGGCUAAACAGAAGGAGGAGGAUAAACAGUUCUUUGCGGAUUUACUGGUCUCUGCUGCCACGAGGCGAGACGCGAAAGCGUAUCUCACGCGCUUAAAGACCCCCCCUCGGACUGCAAAUGCUCCCAUAGACAGCCACAGACCACGCUCGAAGACGUCGAAUUUGUUUGGCAGAUCUGCUGCGGUUGACACCAGUCCUGUGUUCCAGCAACACAACACGCCUACGAAGCAACCUAUAAAAGAAUCCGAGAUACCCCAUGUUGCUCUAGUGAAGAUCUCGGGGCUGGAGCAGAUCCACGAGGGCGUCCUCCGCGGGAUCACUGGCACACUGGCUCAAUUGGCUAGAUUGAGCAUGCUCCCCUGCGUCGUCGUUGACGAACCACACAUUUACGAACCUCAUGGGCGGAAGGCGGGUGUCUCAGGGCAAACUGACCGGUUGGUGAGCUUGCUAGAUGAGACGACUGAGCAAGGCGGCAGAAAAAUUACCGAUAUCCUCACCAUUGGUCCGGAUGGUAGGGCACGACUUUCUAUGCCGGACUUGCUAUACAGACCGCUUCACCGUGGACGAAUCCCGGUUGUCGUUCCCGUUGCGUACGACGAGAGCACCCAGCGGGCUACCAAUAUCACAGCAAACGAGACUAUGUUGGCUCUCACGCAAUACAUGAGUAGUGCCAACCGGGAUGGUCCUGAUGCCGUGAGCGACGAGGCCGAAACCCAGGACGACCACCCUAAUAGAGUCUUGCUCGAUCGGAUCAUCGUCAUAGACCCCUCUGGCGGCAUCCCGAGCCCCAAGUCUGACGACCAAAUGCAUGUCUUCGUGAAUAUGGCGCAAGAAUACCAUGCUUUACAAGAAGAGCUCCGAAGCUCGACUGAUUUGCGUGUAUCUCCUCAACAUGCUUCAAACCUGGCGAUGCUCCGUCGGGCGCUCAACAUGCUUCCGCAGGCUGCAUCCGGUCUCAUCACCACACCUGAGGAAGCCGCCAACUCAAGCCAAAGAAGGAAUACAGACAUCCCAGUGUCUUCCGUAGGCACUCGUCGCCAGCGGAAUCCACUCAUACACAAUCUUCUUACGGACAAACCAGCCUACUCUUCUUCACUGCCUUCAACACGACUUUCCGCCACAUCCCCCUCUGUGACAUCCUCCACUUUCGUCAAGCAUGGGAUGCCGUUGACCAUCUUCCCGAACCCAGCUGCUCAAGCAUGGGCGCCGACUAAGAAACCCUGGAUCAAGCUGACCGAUCCACGCAUCGACUUGGACCGUCUUGUCCACCUUAUCAACGACUCAUUUGACCGCACCCUCGACGUUGAAGCGUAUCUGCGCCGCGUCAACGACUCCAUUGCAGGCGUUAUCAUUGCAGGCGAUUACGAAGGCGGUGCGAUCCUCACCUGGGAGCGUCCCCCAUAUCUGCCCCCUGACACCGACCGGCUUGUUCCGUAUCUGGACAAGUUCGCCGUGCUUAAGAAAGCUCAAGGCGCCGGUGGCGUGGCCGACAUCCUCUUCAAUGCCAUGGUCCGCACGUGUUUCCCAAACGGAGUGUGCUGGCGUUCGAGGAAAGACAAUCCGGUCAACAAGUGGUAUUUCGAGCGGAGCAGAGGCACCUGGAAGAUCCCGGACAUGAAUUGGACCAUGUUCUGGACCACGCCCGGUAUGCUGGCUGAGAGAGACGACCAGACCUUUUUGGACUAUGAGGCCGUCUGUCGCGGCGUGCAACCAACGUGGAUGGACGGGAAGAAGGUCGAAGAUUAG